AUGGGUUCUGAUUCGGGUUACAACUUUAUCUUAGAGGAACCCACCGUUGAAGUAGAUUCUACAUUAUUAUCUAUGAAUUCUGAUAUGUCAGAUACAAUGUUUAAUAUGAGCGAUGCUCUUCAUGCGUUACCAUCGGAUCUUCAAUUAGCGGAGACUGAAGUCGACACCCAAGCAAGCAAACGAAAGUCUAAAAACGUUUAUUACCCUUACACAACUCCUUUAAUAAUCGAGCUCAAAGCUCCCACGUCGCCAGCAACGCUUUUGUCCGAGGACUCGCUUACUUACCUAAAUCAGACUCAACCAUAUACAAUCGAAAUAAGGGAUUCGUAUGGGGAAAAAUCAACCUUCAUUAAAAGUGUGGUUCGAAUAUGCUUUUAUCAAGUACGGAUUCAAGUAAACGAGGCUAAACAUCUUGCAUUCUGGAGAGACCACCAUCCCGGUGAAAGGAUGUUGGAUAUCGAUCGUGAUGGUUGCUUUAACUGCCGCAGUGUCUACGCCGACCCUGGUAAUUUGAAUGCGAUCAUCUGCGUAUGGCAUUCGUCUUCUCCGUGCCGAAUUUCACUCAAAGCCCACUGCGUCAGUACGGAGUUCACUGCUAAGAAACAUGGUGGAGAGAAAGGAGUCCCAUUUAGACUUCAAGUUAGUUGCUUCUCUUUCCAUGGCUUUAUCUUUUUGCAUAGUUAA